AAAGGAAUACCUUUUGUUGCUAGUAUUAUAUUGUUAGAAUCGGCAUUAUACGAAGCACAAGAAAGGAAUGGUUAUAUAUCUAUACCAGAUUCAAACGACGCAGGAGUGAGGAACGCAGAAUUAGGACAUGCUGUACUUGUUGUUGGAUACAAUGAUGAAACACAACAUUUUUUGAUACGAAAUUCUUGGGGACCACACUGGGCAAUCGAUGGUUACUGUUUUAUUCCCUAUGAAUAUCUGUUAAAGCCUGAUCUGUUUCUUGUAGCGCAAGGAUUUUGGGCAGUUGUAAAUAUUUCACCGCGUCAUAG